AACUCAUUUUUCUUGCAGAUACACCACUUCUAUAGAAAGUGACAACUUUACAAAUAAGAUAAAAAAAAUCACAUAAAUAUUUAACUUUUUGUAUUGUUAACUGUAGUCUACACAAAGAAAAAACAUAUAAAUUUUUCUCUGCAAUCUUCACCCUGGAUUUGAAUCAAAAUAUUGAAAUGUCCGAGUCGGACAAAUCUGUGAAAGUUUCUCUCGAUCCUGGAGCUCGUCCCAAGUCCAAGGAGAGCCAGGAGGAAAAAGAAGUGAAGACUGUAUCCUUGAAAGAAGAUGUAAUAGAAGAGAAACCCAUGGGAGAUCCAGAAGAUUGCAUCAAGCAUCCACUACAAAAUAAAUGGGCCUUGUGGUUUUUCAAAAAUGAUCGACAGAAGAAAUGGGAAGACAAUCUUCGCCUUGUGACAAAGUUUGAUACAGUGGAAGAUUUUUGGGCGUUGUACAACCACAUCCAGCUAUCAAGCAAACUUCAGAGCGGUUGCGAUUAUAAUCUUUUUAAGGAUGGAAUUCAACCGAUGUGGGAGGACAAGGCGAACAAAAAAGGAGGCAAAUGGAUGCUACAAAUGAGCAAACAACAACGUGUUAAUGAACUUGAUAAAGUUUGGCUUGAAAUUCUUUUGUGUUUGAUUGGGGAGGGAUUUGGAGAGGAUUCAGAUUACGUGAAUGGUGGAGUUGUACAGGUUCGGCAUAAAGGUGAUAAAGUAGCAAUCUGGACUUCAGAUUAUAAACAUCGCGAAGGAAUUAUGAAUAUUGGACAAAUUUGCAAAACUAGACUUGGACUUCCGAAGAAAGCAGUUCUAGGUUUCCAGGCCCAUGAAGAUACAAUGAGUAAAUCUGGAUCGACGGUUAAAACGCUCUGGUCUGUAUGAUGUUUCCAUGGCAACAAACUGACUUUACCAUGGCAUUCCAUCCCGCCAUGAGUUGUUGGGAUUCCCAAACUUUAUCACGUUUAUGAAAUUGUUAAUUUGUAUCGUUCAGCUGGCUAAGGUUACCUUGGAUUUUUUCCUCUCAUUUCAGUAACUGUGGGAAACCAACCAUGUAAAUUUCACCCUGUACAGUGUACCCGAAUUUUGUUGGUGUAUUUGGUGAAUUAAUUCAAAAUUUUAAUUUUCGCAUUUUUGGUUAGUUGGUGACCACUGAUGUUUCAAAUUUGUCAACUUCUUGACUAUGGGACAUAUUGCGAACUUUUAUUUCGCGCUGCUUUGUUUUAGAUAAUUGUUACAAGGUUGGGUUUCUAUAAUUGAGCUAGUUAUUCUGGCUAAAUUAACCUGACAAGAAUGCCCUGGGAGAUGGCAGCCUUAUCAAAGGAAUGAACUUCAGUGUGUUUAGAGAAUUUUUGUUCUGUGUAAUAUAUUUCGUUGUGUUUAAAAUU